UUGCAUUGUCCUUGGCGGGGCUGUCCGUGAGCGCCCGCCGCUAUCUGAGGCCGGGGACCCCGGCGGUGCCCUGUGUCGGACUCUCUGCCCCGCCUGAUAGCGGCUGCACCCUGCUCCGUUGCACGUCCCAUGCGGCUCCCGCCGGGGCUCUCUCCCCUUUUGUCUGUGUAUUUUUAGGUCAUUAGAGUGGAGGGGUAGGUAAUCCCCAGGCUCAAGUUCCAGAGGGGCGGGUUCUGGACGGAGGUGGAGUCACUUUUCAUUUAAAUCCCUGACUAUAAAAUGGGCUUAAAGAGAAGCGGGAUCUCAGCUGUGCUGCACAGACCCCGGCACGCAGGGUGCGUGGGGGCCCCCCGGCAGCCAGCGCCCUGCAGCACAAGCCGCUGCGAUGCUCCACUCCGUCGGCGUUCACACCUUGCAGCUGCUCACCCAGGCGGCCGCCUGCAUCCUCCUAUUUCCCCGCUUCCUGCUCACCGCCGUGAUGCUCUGGCUCCUGGAUUUUCUGUGCAUUAGGAAGAAGAUGCUAACGAUGCCCACGGCGGAGGAGGCGGCCAGCGCCAGCGAGGAGCCGCCCCCCGACGACCCCCCGGUCUGCGUGUCCGACUCCAACCGCAUGUUCACGCUGGAGUCGCUGAAAGCCGUGUGGCACGGGCAGAAGAUGGACUUCUUCAAGUCGGCGCACGUGGGUUCCUUGGCCCCUAACCCCGAGGUGAUCCAGCUGGACGGGCAGAAGAGGCUCCGCAUUCUGGACUUUGCCCGCGGCAAGAGACCCCUCAUCCUCAACUUCGGCAGCUGCACCUGACCCCCGUUCAUGGCCCGCCUGAGGUCCUUCCAGCGCCUGGCCGCGCACUUCGUGGACAUUGCCGACUUCCUGCUGGUGUACAUUGAAGAAGCACACCCCUCCGACGGCUGGGUCAGCUCGGAUGCAGCCUACAACAUCCCCAAGCACCAGUGCCUCCAGGACAGGCUGCGGGCAGCUCAGCUGAUGAGGGAAGGAGCGCCCGAUUGCCCCCUGGCCGUGGACACCAUGGACAAUGCUUCCAGCGCCGCCUACGGUGCCUACUUCGAGAGGCUCUACAUCAUCCAGGAGGAGAAGCGUUUACUAUUUUUUAAGGAGGCUCUCUUCCUACGGGAUCUGUUCCCGACUGCGUGUGUGCGCGGGUGUGUGUCUGAAAAGUUGUGUACAAGUGCUCCGUGCUGCCUAGCAAGUGCUAACUGGGAUUUCUAGUAUUUCUUUGUGAUGACCGAUUUUGAAAUGGGUUUCUCUAAUGCCAGGAAAUCGCGUCUGAUGUUGUCAAAUACUAGAACUGCCAAUAGCCAGAGCUGGACGGAAUGUCCUAUUUAUGUGGGGGGGUUUUGUAAGACGUUCGUUCACCUUCCUUUUUUUUAUGAAUUUUUUUAAAUAAUAAAGGUUGAGUAACUACA